AUCCCGCCAGUCUAACCUUGAGCGCGAAAGCAUCUCCCCGUCAAAAGCGCGCGGAUCCACGCCAAAAUGGCGGACAAAAAAGUUUUUAUAUUUUUAAUUUUAUAUUUUAACUUUGCAAACGCUCAAAGUGAUAGUUUAUUAGAAAGAUCGUAUGAAUACGUAGUUAAUUUCAGUAGGAAUGUGGCGCCAAGUAUUUUGUCGAUUUUGGACUGUUUCGGAGAAAAUGGCGAUGCGUGGACGUGUGCAAGGGAAAAGGCGGGAAAACUGUUCGACAGUUGGGACAAGGAGGUCCAACAACAGAGGAUGAUGUGGGCAGAGGCGGCAGAUGCAGAGGUGGUGACAUCAGGGAGAUCAUUUGAGGAGUUGCCUUCCAAACUUGGCCGGGAGGUGGAACUGUCCCUGGCUGCAGUGACUGAUCUUGUGGAGAACGGGAUGGCGAGAGCUUUAUCAAGAAAGAAACAUCACGACAGCGGAGGCAUAGACAGCAUCACGAUAUCUACCGGUGGCGGAGAGAAAAAGAAGAAAAUGAAGAAGAAAAAACAAAAACCGGCAAAGAUUCACCUCAUACAACCAGUGAUGAUGCCUUUAAAAAAAAUGGAGGACAAAGGUCCAAAACGGGUUCAAUCCUGGGUCAUAGGGGAUUCUCAGGGUUUUAAAAGUGAUUUAGAGGAUUAUAGUAGUCAAAUGGACAAUCACAAUAGUAAAAAGGGUUAUAGAAGUGAUGUAGAGGUUGCAGAAAAAACUGUUAGUAAUAUUGUAAAACACAAGGGGUAUUCAAGUGAUAUAGAGGUUCCAAAUAGAAGUGGGAAGGAUAGUUUAGAUAGUGAUGAUCGUAAAGGGGUAAUUGGUAACAGGGUUAGGACAGGUAGAGGUAUUUUGACCCAAAUGUGGGAUAUAGGGGAGAAAGCACUCGAUGCGGUUGCAGAGCAUGCGAUAGAUAGUGAAAAUGCAGAAAAUGGUCUUGUCGAUCGGAGUUCAAUUGCAGAGCAAAGAGGCAAAAAGAAGAAGAAAAAGAAGGCAAUCCUGAAGCUCUUGAUUCUUGGAGCUGUGCUUAAAGCAAAAAUCGGGACAUUGCUUCAGAUCCUUUCCUUUAAAUUGCAGGUGAAAUUCUUCAUAAUAGCGCUGAUCGGUUUGGGCAUCAACCUGGCGCGGUUCUGGGUCGAGUUGAAGAACAAACAUAAUCAGCAACCUCAAAAGGUGAUCUAUUAUGAGCAUGCACAGCAUCAGCACCAUUACGAGCAUGAAGAGGAGCCCGGCUGGGGACCUUGGUCCAGGAGCAUUGAGCCAGAGGAAGUGGAAGCAGAGUUGGAUGAAAACAUCAACUCCCCGUACAGAGCGCACCAGAAGAAGACGCAAGUGUACCCCACCAGGCCGCUGCUAACUCUGUCCUAACUGUAGCUUUAAUGAGUCAGUAAAACUUUAGUUUUAAUCUCCAUUACGAACAUUCGCUACUUGUUCUUAGUUUUGAAAUAUUAUUAUUUUUCACUCAGAGAAAGAAGAAUUUUUAAUUUAGCAAACUAAAAAAAUGUCAUUGAUUGACGUCACCUUUAUGUUCUGUUCUAUACCUAAGUUAUGUCUGAAAAUAGAUUUAGAUUUUGGAAUGACCUAAACACAGCGAUCUGAGCCAUUUCCAUGAUUAGCUUCGUAUCAAUGGAAACUUGGGCACGAAAAAGGCAGGUUAUAAAGGAUAAUUCAAAGUGGCUUCUUGAUUUAUGGUUAUUAACAAUGGCAAAGCUAUAGAUUUUCGUAGACAGACAAAGAAGUAUUUUAAUAGAGCGAGAGACUGAUAGGCAGACCUUCGUUGUUUUAUGAAAGAUGAAAGUUUGUCUAUCUCGAAAAUAGCUCCUUUAGUAAGUAUAUAUUUAGUUUAGUUUUUUAGUUAAUUUUAUUGAUGAUUUAAUUCCUAUAAUAUUAUAGUGCAUUUUAUAAAGAGAUGUAUUCACAAAUAAAUAGACACAAAUUAAUUUGAAUAAUGGAAUUAUGCCGUGAAAAAUGUCACUGAAAAAUAAAAAUAUUGUAAAUAUUUUUGUACAUGUACUUUAUUUAGUCAAGUUUUUAAAACGACUUCUGCUAUAGAAGAUAUAUACCUACCUACUAAGAUUAUAAUUAAGUUAUUUAUUUAUUUAUUAAAUUAAUUUAUUUCUUAGAUAUAAGAGGAAGCCAUAAAUGUAUUUGUUCAGAUUUGUAAAAUACAUUGGAAAUUAAAUGGUCUUA